AUUUGCAGAAAUUAUAUCAACCAGAAUUAAUACCAUGGGCUUCCUUACGCAGGAUAACAGAAGCUGCUGUUCCGAAGAUUCUGUGAGCAGCGAUGUGUUCCGCAGCAUACCGAAGCAUGCGGUGGUAUUUUACGUGUGGAGAAUCGAGGGUCUAGGUGCUGUUGCUGUACCCCGUAACAAGAUCGGAUUAUUCCUCACAAACGCCGCCUACAUCGUUUAUGCAGUCACUCCAAAAGGCGGGACUUUCCCUUAUCCAGGAAUACCGAGCAAAGACAUCAAGGGGCCGGUGAUUCGAGCGGUCCAUUUCUGGAUCGGAGGAGCUUGCGAAGCGACUGUUGCCGGAGGGGCGGCGCUGAGGGCGGCGGAACUAGACGCUCAAGUUUCGGCGACGAUUCUCCAUCGGGAAGCAGAGGGUCGGGAAAGUCCGAGGUUCCUUGCCUACUUCAGGGACAAACUAGUCGUGGAAAGGAACCGACCCGAGGGUCUGACCACAUGUUGCAGUCUCCACCGAGUCACGGGAUUGACGAUACCGGUUAUUACCGAACUCGAAGAAGUCGCUUGGGAACAUUUUUCGUCCCGCGAUGUUAUGCUUUUGGAUUUUCACUCGAGAGGAGUGAUCUUCCUCUGGAUCGGAUCAUCGGCUCUUCCACUGCACAAAAAGCACGCCGCGAAGAUAGUGGAGCUUCGGAAGGAAAACAACAAUGGUCGAGUGGUGAUGGUGGACGAUGGUUACGAGCAAACGAUGGGACGGGAGGACAGAGCUUUAUUCGACAGCGUGUUGGCCCCGGAUUCGAGGGUUGUGAUGCCGGGGCGAACGGGGUCUACGGGGUCACCGAGUCCUAUAAAGCUGUACAAAUGUACGGAGCAGUCGGGUAAGUACAAAGUCGCGGAGCUGAAGUCGGGCCCGAUUUUCCGUGCCGAUUUGUCCCCGGAAUCGGUCUUCCUUAUCGACCGAGGCGAGGCAGGAGUUUGGGCCUGGGUCGGGCGGGAAGUCAACGCAAGGGAGAAACUCGAGGCCGUCAGAAACGCCCGUGGAUUCGUCAAGAAGAAGGGAUACUCCUCGGCUACGCCCGUCGCUCGCGCCGUUGACGGACACGAACCAUCGGAGAUGAAAUCUCUCCUCCGAGGAUGGGACUCCGAGAAAAAAAGGGCCCUCAUUUUGCCCUCCUAUUUUGAACCCGAUUAUAUGGCCGAACGGCCCAGGAUGGCCGCGGACUGCCAACUCGUCGAUGACGGAUCUGGCGAUAGGACCUUUUGGAAGGUCGCCAAGAGCGACGUCACCUCGUUUCGUGACGCAGGAAUUUACUACGCUGAGGCCUGCUACGUCAUGCAGUAUAGAUACGGCGCCGGGAGGAAGAGUCGAGUUAUAGUUUAUUGUUGGAAGGGUGCGCAUUCGUCCAGUGUGGAUAGAGAAGCUGCCCUGGAAUUUGCAUGUAAAUUAAUUGAAGAAUCUUGCGGUCAGUUGGUGGUAGCAUCGCAGGGUCGAGAGCCGCCUCACCUGCUGCAAAUAUACGGUGGAAAAUUGACCAUUCUGUCCGGUCAACACAGAGACAAACCCCCGAAAAAGUACCUCGUCAGGGUGCUUGGCUCCACUCCAUACACCUCGAAGGCCGUCGAGCGACCACUUAGGUCUAGCAGCCUCGACUCCAGCGGGGUUUUCAUCCUCUUUUCAGACUCACCUGUCGUCUGGUGCGGAGGGCGAAGCACCGGAGACUCGAGAGAAGCUUCGAGACGUUUGGCGUCCAGCACAACUCCGCUGAUAGCCGAGGGAAAGGAGGACGAUGGGUUUUGGGCGCAGCUUGGAGGGCGAAGUGUCUACUCAACAGAAACGGUUGACAUCGUUGAGGAGUGCGAAAAACGACUUUAUCACUGUCAGGUGGAGGACGCAGCCUUCGUAGGUCAGGAAAUCCUGGGAUUUGGACAGGCCGCGUUGCUGCCCGAGGCGGCGUGGCUCUUGGACACGGGAAACACGAUUUGGGUAUGGCUGGGCGAUUGGUCGACGGUAAAAACGGUCAAGGAGUGCGUUGAAAUGGCGACGGUAUUUCUAUACACACACCCAGCUAGUCGGGAUCGGAACACGACGAUCACAGUGAUCAGACAAGGUUUCGAACCGCCAACGUUCAUCGGCCUCUUCGAGAAUUGGAAUCACAACUCGCUCAGGGAUUACCAGAGCUUCAACGCUCUGAGAAGUUCACUUUUGGACAAGCAAAUGGCGGGGCCAACUAGCGGUAACGAAGCCGAGGAAAAGGAAGCGAUGUCGAAUUUCGACAACUUGGUCAAAUACCCAUUGAAAAUGCUGAAGAAUGAGCCAGAAAAUUUGCCAGCCGGCGUAGAUGUAGAACGGAAAGAGAUGCACUUGACGCAUGACGAUUUUUUAGCGGUAUUCAAAAUCCAACCGUCGGAAUUUGAGAAAUUACCCGCGUGGCGGAGGCAGAGACUGAAACAGGCCGCCGGACUGUUUUAAAACCUUACGAAUCAGCACUCGAGAAUAUUUUUUUAACGUGUUUUGUCGACGUUUAAAGGUUAUAGACCAGAGUCAGAGUAUGAUUGAAAUUUAUUUCCAGAUAUUUAAUACAAAAACGGAACAAAAC